AUGUAUGAAAACCCAUCAUAUAGUGUUGAUUCACAAAAAGAAUUAUCCUUAUUGUUAGGUGAUACGCUCGACGAUUCUGAUGAAUCAACAGCACGUUUAAAAAUACAGGAAUUUCUGCGAGCAUUCUUAAGGGAAGUUCCUGAAGGAUUAAUGCAAUUAUAUUUAAUUAACGAAGAACAGGAAAAAUUGAUAUGCGAAUUACAAUUCAUUAUCGAUAAAAACAGUUAUUUAAAUGUGGGACUUCAAGAGAUAUUUCAGAAAAUAUUAUUGAGAUCCAUACUCGAUUUGCCGGAACCGAACUAUUUAACCGCAAUGUGUGCCAACAUGAAUAUUCAGGAUGAUUUUAAUUUCGAAGAAUAUGCGUUUAUGGUUCCGAUAUUUGAGGCAUUUAGUUUAACAUUUUCCAAAGAAUUGUACAACGUUUUAGUUAAAAAUGUGUGCGACAACUAUCCAAAAUGGCUUGAAGACAAUGAACCCACAUUGUCUAAAGACGAAUUUUAUAAGUAUGUGAUUAAUUAUAAUAAAUUAUACUACGACGGAUUUAAUAUAACUAUUAUUAAACUUUCGUUCGAUAUUCUAGGCACGCACUUGCGUUUGAAAAUGUAAAAGAAAUCAGAGAUUAUUUCGAAAAUCGAAAAGACACUGAUGUUGAAAUCGAUAAAAGAAUUGAGCGUGUUAAACUCAUGAAUUUGCUUAUUGAUAUGAGUAUGUGUCACAUUCAAAUCCCUGACCAUCUAUACUACACCAAAAUAAAGACAAACCAAUCAAACGAUGUAUUAGUAUUGACAAGAAAUAUGCUCAGCGAUUCUGUUGAAACGACAGACCAUAUUGAAAACCUUGUAUUUUUACACGACUUUUUAGAAUUGGGGCGUGAAAAACUCCGGAUAAAACUCAAUCAUUUAUUUACUUGUGACAUUAACCCACUGCCAAAUGCACUAAAUAAUAGUAGCGUUGUUGAAAAUGAAUUAUCAGAAUUGUCAGAUGAUCGGUUCAACAAUACUGACGAGCCAAUAGAACAAUUAAAAACGCAAGAGCUUUUGCGGGAGUUUAUAAGUGAAUUUUCGGAAGAAGCAAUGAAAUCGUAUUUAAAUAGUGACGAAAAGAAGGAAAUAAUUGGCGUAAUUCAGCUAUUUUUUAAAAAUUCCAGUGAUUUGAAUCCAGGUCUUCAAGAUAUUUUUAAAAAUAUAUUGUUCGAAUACACCGAUAUACUCGAAUUAGCCGAUCCAAAUAAUGCAAAUUCAACGUGUGCCGAAAUCGUCGAUGGGUACGAUUUAAACUUCAACAAAUAUGUGUUCAAUCUGCCAAUAUUUGGCAAAUUUAGUUUACCGUUUGCCAAGGAAUUAUACGAUUCACUUAUUAAAAAUGUGUGCGACAACUAUUUAAAAUGUCUCAAAGAUGAAACCAAUUUCUCUAAAGAUGAAAUGCAUACGUACGUUAUUAAUUAUGAUCAAUUAUACUAUGAAAAAUUAAUUGUAUCUACUAUUAAACUUUUAUUCAAAAUUCCAGACAUGCACUUGCGUUUCAAAAUAUAUAUAAAAUCAGAGAUUAUUUUGAAAAUCAACUAG